CGAUGACCUACAGUCCAAUGGCAUGGAUAUACAACAACCUCCUUUCAAGGAUACAUGGGACCUUUUUCAGCAUUUAGAGACCGUAUUAUACCCGUGGUUGCAUCCCAAGUACAAGAGUCUUUUCGACGUGCGUAGCAACAGCAACGGCGCUGGUAUGGUUUUCUGCGUUGGCAAUGAUCAGUUCUUUCACGCGGCCACUACAAUUCGCUCCAUUAGAGAAUCUCAUAAAUCCAACAUUCCUAUUGAAGUCUUUUAUAUCAACAACAAUGAUCUUUCUGAAGUCAAACGCCAAUAUUUCGAGACUGAGUUUGUCAAUGUGAAAACGGUUGAUUUAUCAAAAUAUAUCGACGACACGUGGACAAAGUUGGAAGGCUGGGCCAUGAAACCUUUCGCCGCUUUGGCUUCUAGCUUUAGCCAAGUCAUCCUCUCUGACGCUGAUUCCUUCUUUUUCAAAAACCCUGAAUUAUUAUUGAAAGAUCCAGGAUUCAAGCAGACCGGCUCUCUUUUCUUCUAUGAUAGAACCUAUAUUGCUGGCUGGGAUGGUGGCAGGAAGUGGAUGCUGUCUUUCUUACCAACUAUGAGCCCUCUAGUUCAUAAAACUAGAUUUUUCACUCUGACAUCAAAGCACGAGCAAGAAUCUGGAGUCGUCGUUAUCGACAAGCAAAGAUCACUUCUUGGCUUAAUGUCAACAUGUAGAAUGAACGAUAAACGUGAAAGAUCCGAAGUGACGUACAGUCGAGUACAUGGCGACAAGGAGACCUUUUGGAUUGGAUAUGAGGUGAUGCAAACGGGUUACGCUUUUGUGAAGUCUCAUGCGGCCGUUGUUGGUGGACUCGGUGACGGCGGAGCUGCCACUCAAGUAUGCGGAAAUAUGGUUCAUCUCGACAUCGAUGGUCGUCCAUGGUGGUGGAACGGUGGCCUUCUCCGUAACAAAAGGCUUUGGCAAGAUCGCUACUUGAAGUUUACUCAUUUUGCAUCUGGAGAAGACUGGGACUUUGAUAAUUCAUGUAUCAAACAGGAGAAUGGCAUAAAGGAGCUCUCAAAAGAAGAAAAAGACCUGACAGAUUCAUUCCUUGCCAUCGACGCUCGGCGAAAAAAGGACCAGCAAGCUAUGCACGAAGGCACCUGGAAACCUCGUUCCAAUCCCGCACAGUAGUAAUGUCGAUAACAGCGGAGCUCAUGUCAUCGCAGGAUCCUAAGGUCAAAAUUCUUCAUCGGCUCAAAGACCAACUUUUUGGUCACCAGCAAGUCGCGAUCAUCCUACUUCGGAACAUGCGCCAUCGUUGCAAUUCUAACUUCAGCUUAAGAAGGAUCAAAUGAUGUUGCCAUUCUAUGUCAACCAUAUUUUUUAGCUGGUGAAAAUAACUACUUGAUUAUAUUUUUGGGAAACCCCUAGAAUAAAUAUUGGG